UUUAGUGUCAUGAGUAAGUGUUCUCCGCAACAGCUGCUUUGCAUCUAGGGCCCAGAGAAAGAGAGGAUAGUGGGAUUGAUGUGGAUCGUUCUGAACAGGAACACUUUAGAUUCUGGAUUCCUGUCCCUCCUCAGUGACAUCAUGUGUGUUCUGGUUCCUAGCUCUAUGGUUCUGGUGUGCAAGAGGGCGCUGCCCACCGGGAGGGCGACAAUGCCCCCUCAUCUGCAACCCAGACACCUCCUGCCUCUUCUUCUCCAUGUCAUUCUACUCUGCCUCCAUGCAACUGCCUGGCCCCACGAUUCCAGAGGUGUGGUGGAUGACAAGUGUCCCAGCUCAGAGUGGAACCACAUGUGUAGGGACUGUUGUGAGUACCAGCUGAUCCAGUGUAGAUGUCCUUCCCAGGGGGCACAGGUGGGCUACUCCGUCCCCUGCUGCCGCAACCAACUGGACCAGUGUGACCCCUGCAUCAUCCACCCUGGCUGCAGUCUGUUUGAGAACUGUAAAACCUGUCACAAUGGGACGUGGGAGGCCAAGGAUGAUUUCUUCAUCCGAGGGAGAUUCUGUACGGACUGUCGUCAGGGCUGGGCAGGUGGAGACUGCAAGACAUGUGGAGGGGUGAUUCGUAGAGUCCAGGGCCACAUCAUGCUGGAGAGUUACCCCAUUAAUGCGCACUGUGAGUGGAGGGUGCAGGUAGAGAGAGGGGAGAACGUGGAGCUCAGGUUCUCCAUGCUUAGUCUAGAGCCUGACCACAACUGUCACUAUGACUACGUGGAGCUGCGGGAUGGUGACAGCCUGAGCUCCCCCGUCAUUGGCAGGUUUUGUGGGAAUGAGCUGCCUCCACCAAUCAGAACCUCUGGAAGCAGGCUGCACGUCCUGUUUGUUUCAGACGGCUACAACAACUUUGAUGGCUUCUUUGCCGCUUUUCAGCAGAGCUCAGCGUGCAGCCCCUCCCCUUGUCAGCACCAUGGAACCUGUUUGCUGGACCCAGUACAGUCUUUUCGCUGUGCAUGUCUGGCAGGCUACACAGGUCAACUGUGUGAGAAUGUUGCUAGGAGUCAGGUGUGUGUGUUGCCAGCGAGGCCCGUGAACGGGGAGCUCCUCUCUGUGUACGGCCUGGAGGAUGAGCUCCUGGCUGUUCAGUACCUGUGCCACCCACCCUACACACUGACUGGCACGCCCCAGAGGACCUGCCUGCCCAACGCCACCUGGAGUGGCACGGUGCCCAUCUGUGGGAAGGUAGAAAAAGAGCCCAUUCGACCCAGUCAGAGGGGUGCAGACCCAGUCAGAGGGCUCGGGGUGUGUCCUCCUCCAGCCAGGCUGCACCAUGGCUACCUCCAGCUGGUCCGGGGCUCUGGAGGAGGGCCUGACACAGUGGACUACUUCUGUAACACCUCCUACAUCCUGAGUGGAGGCUCCCGGAGCACCUGUCUCCCAGAUGGCUCGUGGAGUGGCCGGCAACCACUGUGUGUUAGAGCCUGUCGAGAGCCUAAGGUAUCUGAGCUGGUGAGACACAAGGUUGUGAAGCCAAAGGCCCCAUCCAGGCAGAGUCCAGUCCACGGGCUUCACACCUCGGCCAGGCAUAAGGUCUAUGACAGUCUCCCCCCUGGCAUGGACCCACCCUCCUCAGGGAAGCUCCCCAGCACCCAAGACCCUAUCCUGGGGGAUUUACCCCGUGGUUUCCACCACCUGUACACUAGCAUAGAGUAUGAGUGUGCCUCCUCUCUCUACCAACACUACGGUAGCCCCCGGCGUACCUGUCUGAAGACUGGCAGGUGGAGCGGACGUCAUGUCUCCUGCUCGCCAGUGUGUGGUCAACUCCCAGCAGCCUUCAGCCCUCAGAACCUCACUGAGAUUGGAUGGCCCUGGCAUGCAGCCAUCUACCUCCGCUCCCACAUCAUCCGCAGUGCUGGCUCUGGCCUACAAGCGGCACCAGAGGAGGCCUCCUCUCCCUGGCAGCUGGCGUGCAGUGGAGCACUAGUCACCCAGCUCAGUGUGCUGGUGGCAGCUCACUGCCUGGUGGUGGCAGGAGUGGGCAAGCCGCAGUGGGUAGAUCCAGCUGACAUUAAAGUGGUGAUGGGAAUACACAGCCCGGGCCAGAUGAGGACACUGAAACAACUGCAGGUUUCCUCUGUCCUGGUCCAUCCCAGCUUUGAUCCUGUGACAAUGGACUCGGACCUGGUCGUUCUGAAGCUACGGGACAAGGCCAAGAUCAGUGAGCAUGUGCUGCCCGUGUGUCUCCCUAAAAUGCAAGGCGGGGAGGUGACCGCCACACAGGGCUAUGCCACCGGCUGGCUCCUUGCAUCCGACUCAAGGUCCAGUUCCACACCCAGCCUAGACGCCGAGACAGCCCAGACUGGAGUGGUCGAGCUGGGGGAUGUCGUUCAGUGCGAGAGGCAGUUUGCUCAGAGCGGGGCCCCUGUCACCAUCACUGACAAUAUGCUGUGUGCAAUGCGCCACCCUCUCAAUCCCACCAAGCCUUGUCCCACUGUCAGUGCAGGCAUUACAAUCAUACCAUCUCCUGCCACUAAGCCAUCAUCGGGUCCUUCGGAGGGACAGGGGGAUGAUAGUGUUGUCUGGGAGCUUCUGGCUUUAGAAAGUUUUGGUUCUGAGAAAUGGAACUGUGGCCCAGGGCUUUACACAGUCCAUACCCGGAUAAACAACUUCAAAGACUGGAUACAGAAAAACAUGCAGUAGAUCUCUGAUUUGACUCCAGUCUCAGCCACUCUGUCACCAUCAUUGACAGUCUGUGUUAUUUUCUAACAACUCACUUACUCACUGUUGCCAGUUCGCUGAAACAGAUAACAGGGCUAAGUGCUUGGCAGUGUAUUCGGCUGAGCCAAUUGGAAACUUCCUAAGACGAGAUGUGGGGAGGACAGUCAACCCUGGCACUAUUUACUAUGAUGUAUAUUUAGCACUAAUUACUAUUAUGUACACUGAACAAAAAUAUGAACGCAACAUGUAAAGUGUUGGUUCUAUGUUUCAUGAACUGAAAUAAAAGAUCCCACAAAAUGUUCCAUAUGCACAAAAGCUUAUUUCUCUCAAAUGUUGUACACAAAUGUGUUUACAUCUCUGUCAGUGAGCAUUUCUCCUUUGCCAAGAAAAUCCAUCCACCUGACAGGUGUGGCAUAUCAAGAAGCUGAUUAAACAGCAUGAUCAUUACACAGGUGCACCUUGUGCUGGGGACAAUAAAAGGUCACUUUAAAAUGUGCAGUUUGGUUACAAUGCCACAAAUGUCUCAAGUUUUGAGGGCGAGUGCAAUUGGCAUGCUGACUGCAGGAAUGUCCACAAUAGCUGU